CACACCACACGAAAUGACGUUUCCAUACCACGUGACCAAGUGUAACCGCAUCGCCAAAUUCGGUGCAAGAUUUGAGUAUCUGUGCGAAAUUAUUCGUAUUUGUCUCCGAAAUCAAUCAAAUAUGUCCGAGGAAAUGCCUGAGCUGAAACGUGGUAAUACUAUGAAAGUCACUGCAAAGGAGGGAAGUGCGUUUCUGGAGGCACAGGACAAGCAGCUGGACGAUGAUGCAAAAACGCGCGGACAGCAGGACAAGAUCGAGCAGAUCAACUCUGAAGAACCGCUCGCAAAGCGAAAUAAGCCGGCCACUACUAAGAAAUCGAGCACCAUGGAGAAGACACUAGAAGAAGCGAAGAAGCUGUUUAAGGGCGAGAUAAGUUUGGACGUGACGGAAGGGCGGCGAACACGGUCUGCGGGACGAGGAGGUCCUCCCAAACCACCUCUGAAAAAACGUGUUGCCUCAAAAAAAGACGGAAAGGUGACCGGCGGGAAGCGGGGUCGCCCAAAGAAGUCGCAGGCAGCCACAGAGGAAGAUGAAGUGCCCGCCGAGAAGGGAGAGAAAGAGGAGAGCACUGAGUCAGAAGAAGAGAAAAAGCCAGAGGAGACGUUAAGCGAGAAGGCGGAGGAGGAGUCGGCAACGGAGGAGCAGGAAAGCAAUAAAAAGAAAGAGGAUGAUAAAUAGACUAAUAUAUUGUCGUGCUGUAUGCCGGGGAGAGCGGGGCAGUCGCGUAGGACAAGAGAAGUCAUGCAGAUAACAAGACAUAACGUAAUUGAACUGAUUAAAGGGGAACAAAUCCAAUUCCGUAUGGUCUCGGAACUUUGCGCCACGUGUACGCAACAUGGCAAAUGAAAUCUGACAUAUUCCGUGCACCUCGCAGUUUUGCUUAGAUCAGUUAUUGAUGAUAGUCUCGUUCCCUCCAAAUAAUUUCGUGUGUUUAUGUGCGUGGUUUAGAUUGUGUAAUGUGUUGACAGUGUGAUUUUUAUAACUUUUAUGUAUAGGUGUGUUGUUGUUGCUGUGGUGUGUGCAUGCGUGUGUGUACGUGAGUGUAUGCCUGUGUGAGUGGGUGCGUGCGUGGCUGGGUUUGAGAUGAUAAAGAUUAUGUACUCCGGAUUAAGAAAUCCGUUUAAAAAAAAAUAGAAUAGUUAUAUAGUACAUAUGAUUGCUUGGUUAGACAAUAAUGUGCACAGACAAUCGCAGAUGAGUGAUCUCACAAUUGGCUGGCAAUAUGAAAUCUCUACUGAGUAGUCACAUAUUGCAGAGAUCAAUCCACUGGCAGCAAGACAGUUGUGAGAUGGUGAGCAUGCAUGACCUAGAAUCCUAUAUGAAGAAUGACAUAGCUCUACCUUUUAGUAGUAUUUUACUUUGAAUUUUACUUUAUUAUGCCAAAUAAUAUAUUCAGAAUCAACUAGAAGUAACUAAAAGCUUGACGUGGUGAGUAUUGACUCAGGAACAAUGAACAUGACAGAAGGUUCCUCUGACUCUCUACCCUUAUAUAUGUUACCUGCGCCACUACCAUUUAUUGACUGUUCACGUGACAGAAACAGUCGCGAAUGACUGAGAGUAAUUUGAAUUUGAAUAUUGACACGAAUUGUUUGUGUUUUCUGACUUCCUCGGAGGGAGGCCCUCACAGAUAUGCAGCCACUAUCUUUAGUAUCCUAGGUGACUUGCGUGUACCCUUACUUACUACUUAAUAAUCUUUGUUCCCAGAGCACCAUAGGGCCACCGUGUAACCUAGCCAGUGCUAAUGUACUUGCUGAACGGAACAACUUAUACGGAAUACUGUUAACUUCUUUUCCUACACAUUUUUGUUCAUCACUUGACUUGUUUGAAUCAUACGCAAUUACCACAGAAUACGCCAGUUAUCUACGUAAUUCAGGCCAUGGUAGAUAGACAGGUAAAAACCUUUCUAUAAACAUCAAAUACUACCAUACAAGAUAGUAUCAAAUUAUCAAUAGUCCAUAACAGAAGAUUUCUAUUAUGGACUCUUGAUAGUAUUGUGCUAGUGGUGCAUCUAUUGUGUGCAAUAGUCCCUUUCUUACCUUGAAAUUGUGUUGUAAUAUGUUAAAUGCUGCUAUUAUGCGCUGCAAUAUUUUCUGUGUAUCUUAACAUCUUGGCCUGUGUUGUGAUAUCCAACCAAAUUCAGCAGUUAAAGUUUGGUUAUUCUUCAAGUGUACAAGGAUAACAAAUGAUGUUUUAUUUCAAUGUUUGGCAAUAAAAUAUGGAAUAUUCUAUCACAUGUAAUGAUAUAAAUACUAAACGGAGGUUCGAUUUUCUUUGCUCUAACUGAAUUUUAAAUGGAAGUGAAAAAUUCCGUGUUGUACACCAGACAGGCAACAGACCCCAUCAAUCAUUCAGUUUAUUAUCGUUCACGAUUGUUGAGCUGCGAGUCAAACAUUCCACUUGACAUAUAUUUAUAUGAAAUGUUUUACUGUUUAUCUAGUGUAGAGAUUGUAAUUCAUCCCCUUCGAUUAUUGAGAGAAUCGUGCUGCAUCGUCUCUUUAUAUCCCUGCAUGUACUUAGUUAUGUACUUACAUGUAUUUUGUGUGUAAGUGUUUUCUAGUCUAUAGUUUGAUAGUGAUAGUUUCUGCGGUUUGAUUUUUAAUCUAAUUUUUUGAUGUUCCUUCAUAAUAAAUUAGUUUGUGUGAGCUUGCUACCAUCUACUCGCAUAGGUGUAAUUAAAUUAAGAGUUGAUUAGAAUGGAGUCUUUCAUGUUUUAGACGAGACUGUAGUGAUGUUAGUGAAGUGUUGAACUGUAUAAAAUAUUCACUAUGCAGCUGAUUUAUUUCAUAUAUAUUGGCAAAUGUUGUUUGUGUGUUCACAAUUCAUAAUAUGAAAUGCAAUGUCUGCAAUUCGACCCAUCACGUCAUGGAUGUAAAAUUUAAUAGAACACUGGCUCUACCAGUGUAGCCAUUUGCUCUUCAACAGGAACCUGUUGCGGUGUGAAGGGUAGGCCUACUACAGAUUUGGGGCUAAAUCAUAACGCCAUAAAGACGAAAGGUAGCCCAUCGUUGAGUAUUUUUUACUGUGGUAAGCGAUGCGUUUGAAUCAUCGAUCAUCAAACGUUAUUUGUUAACAUCACGUUAUUGGAUAUCACUGCCAUUCGUUCCCUUAUUAUUUUAUUGGGAUUGUACAACAAACUUUACAGUUGUGCAAUUUUUUAAUGAAAGAUCACGUGUAUGUUGUGACGAAUAUACGUAUAGAGUUUAGCGUUA